CUGCCGCGUCUCUCCUCCUCCUCCGCCUCCUUUUCCUCUUAUUUCUCACCGCAUCUCCCCUCCACCACCUGCCACAGCAGCGACGCAGCGAUGGAGAGCUGCUGCACAUUAAUGUAAGCUCACCAAAGACGACCACAACGGAGAGAGAGGGAGACACACAGAGACAGAGAGAGACGGGGAAAGAAGAGGGAGACAGAGAAAGAGACAGAAAAAAGGGAGAGUGACAAGCGGAAGCACAGAAACAUAUGGUUUGUGUGGAGAGCGGCUGCUGACCGGAGGCUGAAACUUAUUCAACCAACUAAUAAUGCACAUUUGAUGCGACCAUCUAAUUUUUAGACACUUAUCUGCACCAUUUUUUUCGCUUCUCGUGCUCUCACCUGUUUUCCGUCCGUGGCUUUUUACACCUGUGUGUGAUUAGUUUGUGCCGGCUGGAUUGCGGCUGUUGGACCUCCCUGAGCGCGCACGCUCACGCGCACACGGAUCAUCACAAGACGCGGUGCAGCCCCACAAAAGCUUCUUGGAAAGGAGGAAAUUGAAUUAGACAAGUUAUCUCCACAGGAGGACGAGGACAAGAGUAGCUGUGCUCUCGGCUUCCUUUCCUUCCUACCCCCGGCUGGCUCAUCGCGUCUCCUCCAGGGCCCAACAGGAGUCUCUAUCAGAAGACCCCCCCCACCCCCUUCACCCUCCCUUCUUUUUUUUCUCUCUCCUCCCCGGUAACGAGCCAUGUCUGGACAGACUGUGACCAUCCCGGACGACCGGGCAUUUGCCAGCUUCAAGGCGGAGUGUCUGUGCGAGGAGGGCUGGAGUGUGAGGUACAGCAAGUUGGGGAUCACGGUGUGGAGCCAGGAUCUGGAGGAGGGGAAGUCCGUCCACAAAAUCAAGUGUCAGAUGGUGUGUAAGGACGUGUCAGCUGAGACCAUGUACGACGUUCUCCAUGACAUCGAAUACAGAAAGAAAUGGGACACAAACGUCAUUGAGACCUUCGAUAUCGGGAAGCUUACAGUCAAUGCGGAUGUUGGUUACUACUCCUGGAGGUGUCCGAGUCCUCUUAAGAACCGUGAUGUCAUCACGCUUCGUUCCUGGCUGCCAAUAGCAAAAGAUUACAUCAUCAUGAACUACUCUGUCAAACAUGCCAAAUACCCUCCUAAAAAGGAAAUGGUGCGAGCUGUGUCUCUUCAGACUGGAUACAUGGUCCAGUGGCAGGGACCUAACCGCUGUAUCCUCACUUACUUGGCCCAGGUGGACCCACGAGGUUCAUUACCAAAGUGGGUCGUCAACAGGUCUUCCCACUACCUUGCUCCUCGCGCAAUGAAGAAGAUCAACAAAGCCUGUUUGAAGUAUCCAGAGUGGAAGCAGAGACACAACCCUGGCUACAAGCCCUGGCUCUACCCUGAACAGACUACAUUACCCAGCAUCCCGCUCUCUGAGCUCAGCAUCCAGCGUGCUGAGAGCCUGGAGAAAAUUGAUGAGAGCUCCCUGGCUGAGACCCAGGAUAGAGAGGCAGACAGCGACUAACAAACACAUAGUCAUGAAUUCCUACACACAAACAGAAUGCAGGGUUACAUGCAUGCCUGAUCCAUAGUAACACAUACUUGCAUACAUACUGUACAUGCAGUUGCGUAUGCAGGCAUGCUAACAGGCACAUGUAUGGAAGCAUUCAUGCACACAGACAAACUCAUACAUGGCCAACUCAUACGUGCAUACAUAAUGUAUGAACACAUACUAUACAAACAUGAAACAUAGAUGCACUCACAGAUACACACCCACCCACUCAGUCACAGGGGGGAGCAAACCUACAUACUUUUGCAAAUCAGUAAACUUAUCAUUGUAAACAGAAAAGGGGCUGUACAUGUGAUUUUUCAUGCGUAUUCAUAGGGUAUCAGUUUUCUAAUCAGGACCUAUGCAGAUCAUCAUAGCAAAAAUAUAUUUUCAGUAAGAGGUACUGUUUGAAAAAAAUGUUUACCGACUAACCUAACAGUGUAGAAAACACCUCAGUACGACCCCUAAUGGGCACACACAUAUACACAUUCACACAUGCAUAUACACACAGUUUGUGUCUUUCUACCCAUGUUGUCUGUCUUUUACUCAUAAUGUGUCUCCAUCACAUUCUGUAAGCACAUGAUAAAAUAUGCAGGUGUGCAGAAGGCAGCUGGAACCCCCAACCCAACCUGCAACCCUCUCACACACACACACACACACACACACACACUUAAGCUCACACACAAAUACAGAUUUUACACUCACAUGUACUGUCCUGCUCCUCUAUUUGAGAGAUGUAUGAAUGUAUGUAGAGUUUGAAAAAAUUAAAUACAGAUUCCUACAAAGGUUUUCAAAUUUCA